AUGAAUUUGGAAUCGAUCUUAAAUUCACUUUCUGGAAUAGGAUUACCUUCAACUAGUGAUGACAGCGAUGGUGUGACUCUUAGUGGAAUAACCCUCGCUGUGGAAGCUCUUAGUCAACUCAGUGAUGCUCAAAUGAAAGGGGACAAUCUUUGUCGCGCCGAUAAAAAGGAGAAGAAGAUUGUUGAAGAAAGGAACAGCUUCACGCGGUUACCGAAGUGUUGGGAAACACCUUCGACGUCGUCAGAUGUCACGGAGCCAGAUCGUAAGAUUAUCGAGAACACUGGAUCAAUCGUUAUCUUUACUUCAUUUACGGAAGCUGAACGUCUAACCGAAUUGGAACGUGAAGUAGCAGACGUGAUCCGAUGCCGCAAUAGAAUAAUUAAAUCUCUUCAAGAUAGCUCAUUUUCAUGCAUCAGUCAUGUGAAGAUGUACAUUAUCAAUGUUCUUCCGAAGGAUCACCAAUGUGGCGAUUUGUCAAGUUCGUUCAAAGAUGUCUCGCCAGAAUUAACUUCCUGUAUUCUUUCUCGUCCAGCAGGAGAUGAGCUCAUAUCGGUCAUUCAUUCUGUGGCCAUAGAGAUAUAUGAUCUUGUUUCAACAACAGUUUCUGGAAUACCCAUGAAGGAAGAAGCUCAACAGGGUCAAUCCGCAGUUGCGAUAAAUUACGAUGUGGAAUUGCUGCACAGUAGAGAGGUGCAUAUAGAAUUAGAGCGGUUGGGACUUGUGAUAGGAAACACUAUGAACAAAGCGCCGGAUAUCACUGGAACAUUGAUGGUGUAUGCCGAUAAUUCCACCUAUCCUACUGCUCGCCUU